AUGCAGCAGGAUGCCGAUGGCGAAGUCGAGCCGGAGUCAGAAGACGGCGGCGCGCUGGCACAGACCGUAUUCCCCCCGCGUCGGCCGAAAACCUACGAACUGAAAAAGGGACAGGUGGGUGUGCGGUUCAUUAACACUAGCGGGGACCCCGACGUCUGCACGGCAGCCUACCCGGGGGAGAUCGUCACCAAGGUGGCAAAGCGAUGCGGGGUGAAGAUCGCAACCGCAUGCAACUCCGGCAUCUGCGGCACGUGCAUGACGGACCUCGAGGACGCCAACGGCAAGAGCUACAGGCCGGGUUUCCAGGUCGUGAGGGCGUGCGUAACUCCGGGUUUGGACAUCUACCCCAACCGGGCCAAAAGCGGGAAGCUCAACAACCGCCUCGCCGGUUCGAAGGGGAAGAGGAAGGGAGAGAAGAUGGAAGCGGAAACGGUGGUGGACGCAAUGAAGCGGUUCGAGGAGGGCUGGGAAGACGAGUACCAGCCUGACGGCAGCAACGACGACAAGAACACACCGGCCUUCGUGAGCAAGAACUUCGCCGGUACUCUAGUGGACCCCAUCACAGUCAGGACUCCCAUCUCAUAUAACGCGCAGAAGCGCAUGGAGAACAAGUACAUGUACGACGCCCUCCCGGAGAACGUGAGGCGCAGCAACCCCCCGGGCGGCGGGCGUGACCUCGAGGAGAAGAUGGACGCGGCCAGGCAGAUUGACAUCCGACAGCGCAUGCAGAAGGAGCGGAGGGAGCGUGUGAACCACUACCUAGACCUUGCGCACCGCCCGAUCGCGAGCACGGCGGACAUCAUGGCGCUGUCUCAGGAGGAGGUGGACUCUAGGUCAAGGUUCUUCAACGAAGUGCCCAGUACCUGGGAACAGGCGUACGGCCCCCCAAACCUCCCGGAGGUGGAGCGCGAGAGGUCCGAGACGGGCGGAAGGAAGUCGGAGGGCGUCACCGAGGCGCGCAUGUCCUUGUACCGGUCCGCGAGACAGAUCCCGCGGUACCGCUUCUUCGGCGACCCCCCUCUCAAGGAGCAGGACGAGGCCUACUUCGCCGAGCGGGAAGACCCGAUGCGGCGGAUCAAGUUCGAGGAUGCGGCGGAACUCGACCGUCUCGCCGUCGUGUCCGGAGAGAACUCCCAGGACAAGAACCUGUUCGUCUACCGCGACUCUAGGACGGGAAGGGUUGCGCCGCCGCACAAGGCGGGCUCCCCGGGCACCGUGCGCGCGGAGAUGAGGGAGAAGCAGCUCCCGGUUUGUGGGUCGUGCGAAGGCACCGGGUUACAGGACUGUCAGGUUUGCCACGGCACGGGCAUCAACGCUGCUGCCACUGGCCUCCACGACCUCGUGUGCCCGAGGUGA